AUGCAUAAUAGCCCUUCAGAUAUGAAGAUGGUGAUCAUAUCACCUGUUAAUCAUCUUUCCUUCAGGCCAAUGGGAAGUGGAGUGGAACAGGAAUGUGGGCAUUAUCCCAAGCCACCUCCAGAGUGGUACAUUCCUGUUGGGGCCUCAGGCCAAGUGGCAGAGCCAUGUGUUCAGGUCCUUAUGGAAGGUCCGGAGGAUUUUACCACAUUAGCUCCCUCAAGUCCUGUGAGUGUGAUCCCUGCAUUGAGAACAACAAUGGUGAUCAAGAGUGGAAACUCAGCUCAUAAUCAUAGAAUCUGUAGCACUUGGGGCAAUUUCCACUUCAAGACCUUUGAUGGAGAUAUCUAUCAGUUUCCUGGACUCUGCAAUUAUGUCUUUGCAUCCCACUGCAAAUCCUCUUAUGAAGACUUCAAUAUACAAAUAAGACGCUUGGUGUUUGAGAAUGUUACUGUUAUCAGCCAUGUGGUUUUGAAACUUGACGGAGUAGCUGUUGAACUGACUUCAAGUUCCAUUACUGUCAAUGGAGAGCCGGUUCAGCUGCCUUACAGCCACUUAGGAAUUCUGAUGGAGAGAAUCUCGGGUUAUCUCAAGGUCCAAGGGAAAAUGGGAGUGACCCUGCUGUGGAAUCAAGAGGAUGCCCUUUUGCUGGAACUACAUGAAAAGUAUGCUAAUCAAACUUGUGGUCUUUGUGGGGAUUUCAAUCAAAUCGCAACCUACAAUGAAUUCAUUUCCAACAAUGUCCAGCUGACUCCUUUGCAGUUUGGAAACAUGCAGAAGAUGGACGGACCUACAGAACAAUGCCAAGAUCCUAUCUCUUCCCCUAAAGGCCAAUGCAGCCAGGAGUUUACCACUCUUUGCCAAAAAAUACUGACUGGUAAUGCAUUUGACGCUUGCAAUGCAUUAGUUGAUGUGCAUGACUACAUUGAUGCUUGCGUACAAGACUUAUGCCAAUGUGAUCAGUCUAUGGCUGAAGUCUGCAUCUGUAACACUUUUGCUGAGUACUCCAGGCAAUGCUCCCAUGCUGGUGGACACCCACUUGAAUGGAGAACAGAAGAUUUCUGUCCCAAGUCUUGUCCUUUCAACAUGCAGCAUCAAGAAUGUGGAUCCCCCUGUUUCGACUCUUGUACCAAUUCUGAACAGUCCCAAUUGUGUGAAGAUCAUUGUAUAGAUGGCUGUUUCUGUCCCCCCGGCACUGUGUUUGAUGACAUUAACAAUUCUGGCUGCAUCCCCAUUUCGGAUUGUUAUUGUUCUUACAAUGGGGUUUCUUAUGCUCCUGGUACUUCUUUUUCCUCCCAGUGCAUUUCAUGUUCUUGCACUGGGGGACAGUGGACUUGCGUCAGUCUUUCAUGCCCUGGAGUAUGUUCUAUUGAAGGUGGCUCCCAUGUCUCCACUUUUGAUGAGAAAUACUAUUCCUUUUUUGGGGACUGUAGCUAUAUGAUCACUAAGCUCUGUGAUAGCAAUAACUUCGCUGUUCUGGGAGAAAUUCAAAAGUGUGGCCUGACAGAAUCUGAGACAUGCCUGAAAGGAUUAGCUCUAAGUAUUGAUGGAGGACAGACAGUGUUUGUGGUCAAGUCUAAUGGAGCUGUGUAUGUGAAUAUGAUUCUCACUCAGCUGCCUAUCUCAGCAUCCAAUGUCACCAUCUUCCGCCCUACCUCAUUCUUCACUGUGAUAGACGCAAAAUUUGGAUUCCAGGUGGUGAUACAAUUUAUCCCUAUAAUGCAGGUGUUUAUAUACAUGGAUCCAAGCCACAAAGAGCAGACAUGUGGCCUCUGUGGAAAUUUCAAUGGUAUCCAAUCAGAUGACUUUAAAGCUAUCAGUGGGGUGACAGAAGGAACCUCUGCUGCCUUUGUUAACACCUGGAAAACACAGGCAGAUUGCCCCAAUGUCAAAAACAUAUUUGAAAACCCCUGUACUCUCAGUAUAGAAAAUGAAAAAUAUGCUGUACACUGGUGCGGAUUGCUGACUGACACCAAGGGGCCCUUUCAGAAAUGCCACUCAAUAGUAAACCCAGAUGUUUACCAUAAAAACUGCAUGUAUGACACCUGUAACUGUGAAAAGAGUGAGAAUUGUAUGUGUGCUGCCCUCUCAGCCUAUGUCAGAGCCUGUGCUGGUAAAGGAGUAUUGAUCAGUGCAUGGAGGACUACUGUCUGUGCCAAAUUCCAAAUUUGUCCUGAAACCUGGACUUAUCAUUACAAUAUUGAAACAUGUCAAGCCACCUGCCGAGCCCUCAGUGAGGUUGAUGUCACUUGCAAAAUCACAUUCCCUCCAGUGGAUGGAUGCACCUGUGAAGAAGGGACAUAUCUGGAUGACAGUAACAAAUGUGUGCCUGCCUCUAAGUGCCCUUGUUACCACAAAGGAACUGCCAUUCCAUCUGGAGACGUGGUCCAUGAAAAUGGCAUCAUAUGUACCUGUGUACAAGGCAAGCUUCAGUGCAUUGGGGAAGUGAAACCACAAACAGUUUGUGACGCUCCUAUGAUCUACUUUGAUUGUGACAAUACCACAGCUAAUGCUCAUGGAGUUGAGUGUCAGAAGAGCUGCCAUACACUUGAUAUGGGAUGUUAUAGCGCACAGUGUGUCUCUGGUUGUGUGUGUCCUGAUCAGCUAGUGUCUCAUGGUGCAGGCAAAUGUAUACCUGCAGAAGACUGUCCAUGUGUUCACAAUGAAGCCACAUACAAACCAGGAGAAACUAUCAAAGAUAAAUGUAAUACUUGCACAUGCAAGAACCGAAAGUGGAUAUGCUCUAAUAAACCUUGUCUGGAAACUUGCUCAGUUUAUGGUGAUGGUCAUUAUAUCACCUUUGACGGCAAACGAUACAGCUUCAAUGGAGAGUGUGAAUACACACUGAUCCAGAAUCAGUGUAGUAAAAAUAAGACCAAUGUAGAAGCUUUCCGGGUGAUCACAGAGAAUAUCCCCUGUGGUUCUACAGGGACUACCUGCUCAAAAGCCAUUAAGGUGUUCACUGGGAGGUAUGAGUUAGUACUUACAGAUGGAAAAUUUGAGGUGAUACAGAGACUUACUGGUGGAGGUGAAGUGCCAUUCAAGAUCCGAUACAUGGGCAACUACAUGGUGAUUGAAAUUUUUAACGGAGGAGUGAUCGUGAUAUGGGAUAAGAAAACCACUGUGUUCAUUAAACUCAGCACAGACUUUAAGGGUCAGGUCUGUGGCCUUUGCGGAAACUAUGAUGGCAAUGACAUCAACGAUUUCACCACCAGGAGCCAGUCUGUAGUAGGAGAUGUCCUGGAGUUUGGUAACAGCUGGAAAGUUUCUCCCACUUGUCCAGAUGUCCCAAACAGCAGGGAUCCUUGUUCUGUAAAUCCCUAUAGGAGUUCCUGGGCACAGAGGCAAUGUAGCAUCAUUAACAGCAAGACAUUUGCUCUCUGCCAUCCUCAGGUUGAACCAACUAAAUAUUACGAAGCGUGUGUAUCUGAUGCCUGUGCUUGUGAUACUGGAGGAGACUGUGAAUGCUUCUGUACAGCUGUGGCUGCAUAUGCACAGGCAUGUCAGGAGGCUGGUGCAUGCAUCUCUUGGAGAACUCCAUCCAUCUGUCCUUUAUUCUGUGAUUACUACAAUAAACAAGGAGAGUGUGAAUGGCAUUAUCAACCUUGUGGUUCUUCUUGCAUGAAGACCUGUAGGAAUCCACAUAAUUGUUCACUUGAAUUAUAUGACUUGGAAGGGUGCUAUCCAAACUGUCCAGCCGAUAAACCCUACUUUAAUGAAGAUGAGAUGGAUUGUGUCUCCCUUGAUAAGUGUGGCUGCUUUGAUGACAAAGUAAACUAUUAUAAACCAGGAGAAAAAAUGCCUUCAGAAAAGAGCUGUCAGUCAUGCCUGUGCUCAUUUGUUUCCUUGCAGUUAUUGUUCAAUAUGACAGAAUGCUACUGUAUCUAUGAAGGAAAGAUAAGCAAACCUGGCGAGAUCAUCUACAAUACAACCGAUGGCAUUGGAGGGUGCAUCACAGCAAUUUGCAGUCAAAAUGGCACAAUUGAGAGGAACAUCUUUCCAUGUCCCACAACCCCUACCAGUAUACCCACUGCUACUGUCUUUGUAUUUACUAACACCACUUCACCAGCAAUGCCCAUGACUACCUCUGUCUGUGUUCAGGAAGUGUGCCAUUGGUCAGCGUGGUAUGAUGGGAUGCAGCCUGGCUUAGGAAACAACGAUGGAGAUUUUGAAACUUUUGACAAUCUAACAGCCAAAGGCUACCAAGUCUGCAAAAAUCCAAAAGCUGUUGAAUGUAGAGCAGAGAAAUUCCCCAAUACUCCAUUAAUUACACUGAACCAGAAGGUAGAAUGCAGCAGAACAGUUGGAUUAAUUUGUCAUAAUAUAGACCAGUAUCCAGAAAUCUGCCACAAUUAUCAAAUCAAAAUUCUAUGCUGCAGCUUUGUACCAUGUGGCAAUUAUACUACAGCUCCCACACCUGAAAGCACCACGGUCUCUCCAGUUCAAACAACUACAGUACCAGCUACUAUUUUGACAAGUACCACUGCUUUCACAAGUACAAUGAAAGUAACAACAACCCCAGAAACCACUUUUUUACCUACUAGCACUACAGUCCCAUCUACCAUAGAGCCUGGAUCUCCAACAACAGAAAUAAUGAGAAAAACAACUUGCACACCUAUCUGCAAAUGGACAGAAUGGUAUGAUGUGCAUUUUCCUACACUGGAUAAUGAAGGAGAUUUUGAAACAUAUGAGAUUAUCAGAGCCACAGGAAAAGAUAUCUGUGAAAACCCAGAACAUAUAGAAUGCAGAGCAGAGAAAUUCCCUAAUAAAACUAUUGAUGAAGUUGGCCAAAAUGUCCAGUGCAACAUAUCAUUUGGAUUUGUUUGCAGAAAUAAAGAUCAGCUGGGAAUGCUGCAAAUAUGUUUUAACUAUCAAAUUAAAGUGUAUUGCUGCAACAGUGAAUGCUUGACCACUCCUACAGAAACUUCAACCAGGGUCACAACACCUCAAACAACUUCUACUAUCAUUACUACAACUUUAGGAACAACAAAUCCAAAUAUCACAACACCACAAAUUACAUCUACCUCAGUUCCAGAGACAACUACAAUUACGUUACAUCCUGCCACGACUAAAUACACAACCAUACUUUCUACUACAAAACCUUCAAUGACAACUACCACUAUGCAACCAAGUUCCACUGCAGCUCCUCUAACUACAACAUUUUUUCCAACAAAAGGUACACUGUCAACCACAUUUGAACCAACCACAGUAACAACGACAAUACCUCUUCCAACUACGACGCAGACACAAAUACCAACAACAAUUUUAACAACAGGUAUACCUUGUACUGAGGAAAAAUGUGAAUGGUCCCAGUGGUAUGAUGUAUAUUACCCAGGCAAUGGACCUGAUGAUGGGGAUUUUGAAACUUUUAAAAAUAUAAGAGACAAAGGACAUGAACUUUGUAAAGCACCAAAAAAAGUUGAAUGUGAAGCAUUAAAGUAUCCGAAUGCAACACUUGAAGAACUGAAACAAAAAGUUACAUGUGAAAUUAUUUACAGGCAAACCGACAGCGAUGGCUGCCUUUAUUUCGCCAUUUGUGGUAGAACAUGUUCUGUUGAAAGAUAUAAAGGGCCAUGUGUAUCAACUACACCCAGACCCACAUCAACUCCCACAAUAGUCUCCACCACUCCUACUACGAAUACUGCUGGUACUACUCCACCAUCAGGCUGUCCUGAUGCUAUUCCACCACGGGAGGAGGGUGAGACAUGGAUAGAAAAUUGCACAAAAGCAACUUGUUUAGGAAACAACAACAUUGUGAUAAGUAAAGUGGAGUGUCCACCAGUACAGAAUAUUGUGUGUGAAAAUGGCUACCCACCAGUAAAAGUUCUCUCAAAGGAUGGAUGUUGUUAUCACUAUGAAUGUGAAUGUAUUUGCACUGGCUGGGGUGAUCCUCACUUUAUCACAUUUGAUGGAGUCUACUACACUUUCUUGGACAAAUGCACUUACGUAUUGGUGCAGCAAAUCAUACCAAACUAUAAUAACUUUAAAAUCCUUCUUGAUAAUUAUUAUUGUGAUACAGAAGAUCAACUUUCCUGUCCCCAGUCUAUUAUUAUACACUACAAAUCUUCAGUCAUUGUGUUAACUCGCCAAUACUUGAAUGGGAUAGAAGCUAACAAGAUUUAUUUCAAUGGGAAAGUCAUCAAGGCAAGUUUCCAUAAAGAUGAUAUUUCUAUCUACACAAUUGGCAUUAAUAUGGUGGUUGAAAUGGCUGAAAUUGAAACUAUUGUCACCUAUAGUGGUGUAGUCUUCUCAGUAAAAGUUCCAUUCAGCAAGUUUAACAACAAUACUGAAGGACAAUGUGGUACUUGCACUAACAAUAAAAAAGAUGAAUGUCGCUUACCAAAUGGUGAAGUAACAGAUUGUCCCCACAUGGCUACCCAUUGGAAAGUGCCUGAUCCUAAAAAAGAUUACUGCUUUGGACCAACACCAUCUGUACCACCUGACACUGUAACACCUUCACCUGGACUAUGUGGCCUAGCUCCUCUCUGUUCCCUUAUUUUGAAUGAAAUCUUCUUUGAGUGCCAUAAGAUCAUACCCCCAGAUCCCUACUUCCAAGGCUGCCUCUUUGAUGCUUGCCAUAAGAAAAAUAUCUCCAUGCAAUGUUCAGCAGUAGAGAUGUAUGCUUCUCUCUGUGCCUCUAAAGGUGUUUGUAUCGAUUGGCGAGGGAAGACCAACGAUGAAUGCCCAUUUAGCUGUCCUACAGAUAAAGUAUACAAUCCAUGUGGCCCCAUCAAUCCUUCCACUUGUGAUAACAGUGGUCCUCCGCAGACCGGAAUAACAGAAGGUUGCUUCUGUAAAAAUGGAACCAAACUCUUCAGUACCCAUAAAGAUAUCUGUGUCUCUGAUUGUGGUUGUGUUGGACCAGAUGGGUUACCCAAAGCGCCUGGAGAAACUUGGAUUAGCAAUUGCCAGAAAUGUACUUGCGAGGAAUAUUCUCUUAUGGUACAAUGUAUUGAAGAACCAUGUCCUACCAAACCUACUCCUGUGGAAUGUUCUUUUGAAGGGUUUGUACCCAUCACAAUAUUAACCCCUGAAGAAAAGUGCUGUCCUCAAAAGCAAUGUGUGUGCAACACUUCUCACUGUCCCAAAUCUAUAGAAACCUGUCCACUAGGGUAUGAAUUAAAGAAGGAAAACUUGCCAGGAGGCUGCUGCAUUAAUACCACUUGUGUGAAAGUACCAGGCUGUGUUGUCAAUGGAACGUUCUACAGUGGUCAUGAAUACCAGGAAGUAUCUGGAAAAUGUUGUGGUCAAUGUAGGCAGUUUGCUUGUGUUGUGACACUGGAUUCCUAUCCUGUCAAGGUGCUCAAGCCAGGAGAAGUUUGGCACUCAUCAGAAAACAAUUGUACUUCAUAUGAAUGUGAUCUUAUUGAGGACCAAUAUGUUCUCGUCACUAUCAAGAAAGCCUGCCCUCUCUUUGAGCCAAAUGAAUGCCGGCCUCUCUAUAAAACUGUAAAAUUGGUUGGCAUUGUCAGUAAUAUCUGGCUUUACUGCACUAAAGGUGAUAAUAUAUUCAAAGCAAAGUGA